ACAAACAUACAAAAAUAACUUUGUUCCAAGGUUUUCUCUAGUCUUCUCCAAAUGGAAUGGACUAGAGGAAGAACCCUAGGCCAAGGCUCUACAGCCACCGUCUACGCCGUCAAGUGUCACAAUUCAGAAGAAUUCCUCGCCGUUAAAUCCUCCGACCUUCACCGAUCAGAGUUCUUGAAAAGAGAAGCCAAGAUCCUCUCGUCUAUGAAUUCUCCUUACGUGAUCGGAUACAGAGGAUCAGAAACCAGGAGAGAGUCUAACGGCGUCGUUACGUAUAACCUUCUGAUGGAGUACGCACCGUACGGUACGUUGACCGACGCGGCGGCGAAGAACGGAGGAGGACUCGACGAGACUCGGGUCGUGAAGUACACGCGCGAGAUACUUAGAGGAUUGGAGUAUAUACACUCCAAGGGGAUCGCACAUUGCGAUUUAAAGGGGAGUAACGUGGUUCUUGCGGAGAAAGGCGAGGCCAAGAUUGCGGAUUUCGGGUGUGCCAAACGGGUUGACCCGGAGUUCGAGUUGAAGGUAAUGGGAACGCCGGCGUUCAUGGCUCCGGAGGUGGCGCGUGGGGAGAAACAGGGGAAGGAGAGUGAUAUAUGGGCUGUUGGUUGCACGGUGAUUGAGAUGGUUACCGGGUCUCCACCGUGGACUGAGGCCACGGAUGAUCCGGUUUCAGUUCUUUAUCGGGUCGGGUAUUCGGGUGAGACUCCGGAGCUUCCUUGUUUGCUUGAGGAAGACGCAAAGGAUUUUUUGGAAAAGUGUUUGAAGAGGGAAGCAAAGGAGAGAUGGACAGCGACACAACUCCUAAACCAUCCGUUUUUGGUAACUAAACCGGACAUUGAACCGUCUUUGGUUUCCGGUUUGGUUUCUAGCUCACCGACAAGUGUGACAGAUCAAACGUUUUGGAGGUCAGUGGAGGAAGAAGAAGAAGAAGAAACAGAGGAACUAAAGAAAGACUCGAGAGAUCUAGACCGUUUAAGCUCGUGGGGUUGUUGUUACUCAGAGAGGAUCGGACGGCUGAGAUGUGUUGGUGGGUUGGAUGGACCAAGAUGGGAUAUGGAGGGUGAAGAUUGGAUUACAGUGAGAGCGAGAUGUGAAGGAACAAUGAUUAGUGUGUGGUCACAUGAGGAAUUGAUUAUUUAGUGAAAAAUGUAUUGGUGUAAAUUUGAUUUGGGAUCGUUUGGGUGAAUUAUAGAAAGUUUAGGGGUUGAUAUUAGUGAAGGUCUCCAAUUUAGAGGGAGAUCAAUGUAGUGUAUAUUAGUCUCCGAAUCUCUUCGAUUGAUCACAUGUAUAUUACUAUAAUCACGAUUUUAUUAUUAAACCAAACUCAUUUUAAAAAAAGUUUGGACAAGAGUUGAAAUAUUUAUAUAAGAGAGUU